UAAAUUCCCCCGCCACCCUAAAAAAUCCCACGUUAAAGGAAAGAAGAACCAAAAAAAAAAUAAUAAUAAUAAUAAUAAGAGAUACCGACUUGAUGGAGGCGAAGACGGAGGUUCCGAUUAUGGAGGUGGAGAGUGGUGAUUCGUCGACGGAGGAGGCGGAAUCAGAGUCGCCGAGGUCUGUGGUGGUGCAGAUGAAGAAGAAAGUGGAGAAAGUUCAUAAUCAGGUUUUAAGGAUAAGAGAGGAAGAGUCGCAUCUCGGCGAAGAUUUCUUCGGCGGCGAUGACGAGAAUAAUAAGAACGACGCCGUAUAUGGAGGAGGUGUUGGCGGUGGAGGCUUUGAUGAAAGACGACGACGACGACGACGACGUGUCAACGUGGUUCUUGUUUCGAGACCGAUCUUGCCUUGUUCGCCUCUCAGCGGCAAGAACAACGUUAAAAGGUCUUACACUGAACCUACCGAAAUCAAUCAAGAUCCUCGCGAGAAUGAUUUUUGUUAAUAAUUGUAUUAAUUUGAAAUUACGGCAGGGAGUUUUUAGAGAAGGAUUAGCGAACCUUGCAUUGAGGGAGACUUGCAGUGUUUAGCUUAAUUAGUAUGGGAAAGCUUGAAGAUGAAUUUAAUGGAGUAGCGUUUAAUUAUGAAAUCUUAAUUAGUUAGGGUUUUAAUUAGAAGGAGAAAUCCUGUUUUUCAUCUGUAGAUCAUGAUGUACAAAACAGUUAUCAAAUGUACAAUGGAAUCAUUCUACAGCUCAACGUAGUAAGUAAUAUUUUCUUUCUUUUUUUUCUUGUAAAUAAAAA